AACUUUAUGGUGAAAAAUAUUCCGUGCCUUAGUCUAGUCUAAAGUCCUUAUGAAUAUGACCUAAGAAGGCCAAAUAUAGGUAAUGUUAUUUACCUACAUUACAUAAACAGUGAAUAAGCAACGAUAUUAUUCUGUAAAUUGCUCGUUUCAGAACUUGAACAAAAACAUUAGUUCUGCCUAACUAGAUCAGCAUUUCGGAGUUGUUUUAAUUAGUACCUAUUGCUAAUAUAUAAAUAAAACAUAAUCGCAGCGUUAAAAAUCACUUAAAGUUAAUGUUGGAUAUGUUUAUUAGCUUUUUAAUUUUGCUAUUAGGUCCAGUAUUACCUACUUAUUUAUAGCGUUACAAUGAAGUUUAAGUUGAACUAGAUUUUCCCCUUCGAAUAAGGCGCCAGACCCGGUUCAUUGGUUUCUAUGUAAUUAUCUACGCAGCCAUGACGCUUGCUUAGGUAUUUAUAAAUAUGGUCAGAAUACCUACCUGCGGUCCCACAACUAACCUAUAUUAAAUAUACAAAUUGUGAACUUGAGGAAAAGAGAACACCGCUUUAUGCAUAAGCGUGUCUCGUUCUAACAGGUUUCUUGAUAAGCUCGAGCGUAUGGCGGGUGUAUUCGUCAUCAUACAUGACCGUAAGCUGAUGGAAAACUCCCUAAUACUCGAAGCUCUGAAUCGUCCUUUCCGUUAUGUAAACUUUCCUAUUUGACGAAUAGGAUGAAUUGAUGAUGAAUGGUCUAAUUGGGAUAAGUAUAAAUCUAAGGGCGAGUGCGGGGACCUCACAGUAUGUUUGUUGUUAGCGCGGAGUGAACAUUCAACAAGACCAUUGUAUGCUGAAAUUUUAAGAUAUUAAGCUCGGAACGAGAAAGAGAGAGAAGACAAAUAAAACUUACAAUGACGGUAGUGACAAAUCCUGCCCGGACGGGGUCCGAUGACGAGAUCGAAUCGGGCCGCGACAGCGCGGCCGGUGACAGUUCAUGCAUUGAGUCUGAGAACGAAAACGCUCGCUUGUACGACGACGAAAAGCAAAGUGACAUCGUGUUCGUUGCCGGCAUCAAUGGCGACACCUGGCGCUACCCCGGCCAUCGACGCGUCCUCGCUGCCACCAGUCCCGUCUUCGCGGCACUGCUUGCCUGCAAAACGGAUGUUAUCGUUGUCGACUACAUCGAUCGCCGUGGCUUCGAACAACUCCUGCGUUACCACUACUGCGAGCCAACACAGCUCAACUCUGUGGCGACCGCCCGGUGCGCCCUCGACGCCGCUUACAAGUUCCUGUGUCCACCGCUGGCCGAGCGAUGUGCUCGCCGCUUGGACGAGAUGCUGGAUGCUGGUGUAGCUCUAGAAAUACUGCGGGAUUUGCGCUACCUGUGCGCGCGUCUUCCUGGUGCUGCCUCGGCCCCUCCUUUGCCGGCCCUCACAGAUGACGCAGCCGCGCGUUCCCUUGCACAGUGCUCGCGAUGGUGCGAUUCCUUGGCGCACAACGCGUUGCUAGUGCUCGACGACAACGCAAACGCAGCUUUAACCGACGAGCGUCUCGAAGAACUAACGUACGAAGAUUUGGCGUUGAUAGUAAAGCGCGACACGCUUCGGGUAUCAAACGAGUUAGUCUUGGCUGAGGCGCUCUCCCGAUGGGCCACGGCCGCCUGCAAACGAACUAAACGUGAGCUCAUGCCGAGUAACAAGCGGGCAGCGCUAGGCGAGCUAGCUUAUUGUCCGCGAUAUUUGCUGCUGCAGGGUGAAGACUUGGACCGUGCUCUUGCCUUGGAACUGUUGGAGCCUAUGGAGAGAGCUUUGGUGUUGGCUCGAGCACGCAAGCUAUCGGCGCCAGUACCCGUAGGCGCAGAGCAGGAGGGACUGCUACGGCGGUGGGCGCGGCCACGUCCGGCGGAGCCCGCUGCGCUGCCCGUGCACUUAAGCCCGCGUUCCCAGCCGGUGCCUGAAGAUCCCCAGCCUAGCAAGCUCUGCGCGCGCCGACCUAAGCGACCAAAGCAACCGAGCUUUGCACCGGAGGAGAAACGCAAGAAACGCGGCUGCUGCGCCUGCUUCGGCGAAGGCCUUCUCAGGGCAUUUAUAUGCCUUUUUGAUUAAAAUGGCAGAAAAUUUAAAAUAAAUGUGAUGUUGCGUUAUCGAUGGUGUGGACCGAAGUGAACUAAGGUGUUAUGAGUGACAUUUUCUUCAAUCCUGACGAAACUUGGCUAACACAGUUCACGUAUUACGAAAGUUAAUGGAAAUGAUAGAAAAAAGAGAUAUAUCGAGUCAAUAUUCUUAUGAUAUUUAUGAUAGACAAUGUGGAAAAGACUUCGUCGAAGGACUCGUCUGUUUUUGUAUUUUUUUACGAAUUGGAAUAAUCUUAAUUCGUAGUUAAAUUUUAUGAACUCCUAUACAGUAAAGUUUAGAAACGCAGGAGUUUACCAACUGCAUGUAUAAUACCAUGUGAAUCGUUUCUUGGGGUUUUGUUUAGUAAAUGCUUUAGGUCGGAAUGCAAUGCUUAGGUCACAAGUUGGCAACUGAAAGUUGUUUGUUUUAUCAUAGUGGAGUCGAUAACGUACUCCCGAACGCGUAGACGCAAUUGUUUAACGAAAAAAUAUAUGGUCGGUGUCGCGGCCCAGCCGCAGUUAGUAGAUGAUGUCUACAGUUAGCACUUUAUGUACUUAUGUGGUAGAUACUUUUGUGUAUUUAAUGUUGUGAUAUCUAUCUGUUACCUAAAUCAAUUUUAUUAUAAUUAUUUUAACGUUACCAAAUUGUAUUCAGUUAGGUGCUUACAUAUCCAAUUGUAAAACAAUUUGCAUUUAAAAGCCUAUUGGAAUCAUUAUGAGAAAAUUUGGUGCACAAACGCUAUAUUACUUAGUUUUGUAAGUACGUUGUUUUUGUUAGCUUAAUUUAAAUUAAUUUUGUUGCAUUUAUCAACAAAAUUGUAUUAUAAUUUUUGUAGUUAAGAAGCUUUUAAAAAGUACCUCUGAAUAAUUUAGUAUUGAAUUGUAAGUAGGAGAUUACUUCCAUAAUUUAAUUAUGAUUAUGUGCUCCCUAGUCAUUUUUAGGCACAUUUAUACUUUAAGUACCUAUAAUUUUAUUUUGAACAAGUUAUAAUUGCGGACAGAGGUAACGAAGUCCUGGGAGAUUUUUUUUUUUUCAGUGAAAAUGUCGUUUUCCUCAAGACCAUUGUUCCUUUGUCUGCAUUUUUCCGUUCUCUAAACGUAUACUGCCUUCGAUUAAACGUGUUCUUACAUUUAAGCAUUUAGAUUUUCAAUUAUUUAAAUUAAUAUUUUUUAGAUUGUGCCAUAGUAAAUACAAAAAAAAAGUUCCAUGACCGUACGUCCAGAUGCGUGAAGAGUUUCAAAGGGCCUACCGCGAACUACGUUCGACGUGUUGCCCCCCCUGUUACACUUACGGACGAAUUUACAACUGCGACAAAGAGGCAACACGUCGAACGUGGUUCGCGGCAGGCCCUCAAGAGUCUCUAUAUUGUACAACUUUUGUAUAUUCAAUUGGAGUUUUACAGUACAAUUUAAUUUGGUCAUCACACCCGACAUAACGCGAAAUGUUAAUUUGCGAAUUAGCUGUAAUAUCCGGCGUGCUCACACGCUUAAACUAGCCACUUAUAAACCCAAAUCAUUAAUAUAAUAUUUUGCCUGAAUUAUACUUUAACAAGGCAAUUUUGUUACAUGCGCACUUUGAUGCUAUUGUAACAAGUGUAGUUAAUUUCUGAUCGAUUUUUUUAAAUAGAAUUAUUAAGAACUUUAUUACGAUGAUCUUAUUUUUCUACUUUAAAUUAAAUUAUAAGAAUUGUGAAGAAAUCUUAGCUUUCUAGACUAUUUAAAUUGCUGCAGGAUUUUUUUACCUGUAAGGAAAUUAAUUGACUAGGUAUUUUACUUUUCAAUUAACUAUGUACAGGGUUAUCCGGUUAAGUGGAAGUUUACAUUUUACAAUCUUCGUUUCGUUUUAAACGAAUUUUAAAUUGAUACAAAAUAAAUGUAUAAUGUUAUUAAAUGUACCUAUCUUCUACUCAAUAUAAACUAGAAUUCUUUCUGCUCUGCUCUUCCGUAUCAUUUGGUAAUUUUAAAAGCUUGUCACUUUGCAAAGCAAUAUAAUAUUGCGGCUUCUGAAAGAAGAAAUUAAAAGGCUUUCAACAAUACGAAAUUGAUAAUUUUAUCUGCGUUUGGAACGUCAUUAGUGAUUAGUGAGACCACUAAGUAUCUGCUUAAGUAAAAAAAAAAACAACAGCUUAAGUGGUGGUUGAAUAUUAAACUAAUUUUACUGUUUACACUCACGUGUUUUUAGUCACUCGGGCGACCUGUUUCGGGGAGCCUAGGUCUCCUUUCUCAAGCACUAACAGUGCGAGCAGCGUUCACGACGGCCGUGCUUCGCAUAAAUGAGACCUAGGCUAUCUGAAACAUGUCGCCCGAGUGACUAAAAAGUAAAACACGUGAGUGUAAACCGUUAAGUUAGUUUAAUGUUAGUAUGUCUCUCGCCAGUUUAAAUUCGAUUGCUGUAUCUUGUUGAGUGUGACUACUUUAUUCUUACGUAAACCUACAUCUUUGACGUAUAUUUCUGUAAUCAUAAGAAACCUUUUGAGGUGUUCUUGAGAAUAGUGUUUAGGUGUUUCUAAAUAUAGCAACAAUUACCUUAAUUCUGAACUGUUAGCAUCACUGACCAGCACAUAAUUCAAUGACAUCUUUUAAAAAAAAUACCUGGGUAUCCAAAUAUGCAUGUAAAAACGUUUUUCUCAAAGUUGUACAGUAAAUUAUUAUUUCUAGUUAGAAUUUAUAUUAUAUAUAUUUAAGCAUAGAUUGGAAUGAAUUUAUUAAACAACAUUUUUGUGCUGGUUUGUGAUGGUCUUUAUAUGUAUCCAUACUCAAGUAUUGUACAAUAAAAACAUUCUGGUUUCGAUCCUUUUACUGUGUAUAAAAUUAUAAAUGGAUAAAACAAUUGUUCAGCUAAGAGCUGUAUUUGUAACGACUCCUCCUGAGACAAAAUAUAUAAGUUCAGUCUA